CUCGCUCGUAGUCUCUCACCGACGACGACGGCCUUCUGUGCUCUGCUUUUCCAUACGUAAUGUCUCACAUCGGAAGUGUGUUCCUAGGCGACGUACAGCGGCACCGGCAUUUAUCGACGUCCACCCCGCCCUCCUCACCGCCCCCGAACGUCGGCUCCAGCGCGACGUUCAGCUUCAGCGACGUCGACCUGGAUGACGCUGAUCAGCAGAAGCCCCCUGCCACGCAGGUCGCACCGCCUUCAAUUUCUCCUGCAUUGUCGUUGGAGCUGCGGCUGCGAUGGCUGGAGACGCUGCUUUUCGGUGCGAAACAUGACGUGCCGGAGCAGUCGGGCAAGGGUGGGGUCAAGGCGGAGAAACUCAAGGACGGAGAAAGUCUGACGCGCCGAGCGGAGGACCUCCAGCGGAGGUUAGACAGUGUCGCGCAGAGCAAUGACGCACUGAAACGUUUCAUGGACCGAUACGAGCAAUACGCGCACAUGCUUACCCCAGCCUUCGCGCUAUCGGGGUCGCUCCCCGUUAGUCCGCCCACGUACGAGAGCAUGUCGGCCACCGAACUCGAUGCGUUCCUCGCCGAGAUGGAGUCGGAUAUUCGUGCCGCCGAGCGCGACUUGCGCGAAAUUAAUGCGCUCGAAAGCAAGGGUGUCACUGGCGCGGGUAAGCUUGGUGACUACGAAGCGCUACAGCCCCGCCUGGAGGCGUUGCUUCAGGCGCACGAUGAAGAUUCGCGUGUGGCAGCUGACUUGGAGAAGCGAAUCGCGCUUCUCAUGGACCACUAUGCAACAAACGUCGACACCCUGUCGGAACUCUUCGUAUCUUGGGACGAAACCAUCCGUGACGCUAGAGAGGAGGUUGAUAAAUUGGAAAAAGACCGAGACGAGCGGCGCAAGCUGGGGUAUGAGUAGUGCUGCGGCAGCCCGCUGCCCUCCAUCCCGCGGCGAGUCGUGGGAGGACAAGCGAAGGGGGACCUUCUCACGCAGGCAGUGAUUUGGACGACCAAGGGCCAAGCCCAGUUGUUAGGCCGGAGACCAGCCGUUCCGACGCUGCGAAUGAAGUGGUCCUCCUCUUGGUCCGUUACACACAUCUCAGCGAUGCGGCAGCGAUUACCAUCUACAAUCUGACGGUAGCGCGUCGCUUGAACGAUCGCCGUUCGCGCCCACGAAGCUCGUUAUGCGCAGUCGACUGCUCCCCCCUUCCGCCGCUGCCUCGUCUCCAUUCUCCUCCUCCUCUCUGGUUGGCUGACCGCGUCCCUCUUAAGAUCUGUACGGCAUUCAUAUCUCGCGAAGCCAUCGUUGUCUCAUGUCGCGUGGCCUUGCCCCUAUCUCGCGCACCACGUAUGUAUUAGCGCGAUGUCGAACAAGCUUUGUCAUUGUGUCAGCCGUGAUUGAGAUAUCUCAGCGACAGCAGCUGUCUACGAUCUGCGCACUGUUGGCACCUGCUGCCAGGCCUCGUCACUCGCUCUGCCACGACGACGUAAUCACAGCCGGAGGACCUUGACAGGACCGCUUCUCUCAGUAUAGUGCCUUGGCCCUUCCAUGCCUCGUGUAUGUCGGUCGCUGCCGUAAUACCGAGCCAGGCUCCGAUGGUGUUCGCAUCAUCCUUGCAGCCCGCCUUCUGAGCACCAAGUAUGUUUAGAUGGGGAGGCUGUGAGCGCUA